GCGCUUACACAUUUCUAAACCCUACACCACCAUUUUCCAACUUUACGUUCCGUUUGGUUAUUCAGAAAUUCGUUUCCCCCAUUUUCUCGCAGAGCGAACAGAGUCCAUCGCCGGUCUAUAACAGUUCGCGACGUACGAUGGUGGAGGAGUCCAAUUUGUGUGCUGAAAUCGAGAAGUCGAACGGUGGCAAGCGCACUGUUGAGGUUGGUGACUCUGAUUCGGAUGCGAAGAAGCGGAGAAUUAAUGAAUUGGUUGGUGGAGAAGAGCAGACGACUGAAGAGAACAAUACGGUUGGUGACAGAAAUGGUUCUUCGGAACACAAAGAGGGAAAUCAAGAUGUGAGCGAAGUGAUUUUUGCAAUCGAAGCCGAGGUAGCCGAAGAUAAGGGUACGAGGCACACGAUGGAAGAUGCUUGGGUCAUUCUUCCCGAUGCCAGCUUGGAUUUUCCUGGGAAAUUGAGAUGUUCACAUUAUGCAAUUUAUGAUGGGCACGGAGGUCGGUUGGCUGCUGAGUAUGCACAGAAGCAUUUACAUGCAAAUGUUCUUUCAGCAGGCUUACCACGUGAGUUGUUGGAUGUAAAAGCUGCCAGAAAGGCCAUACUUGAUGGUUUCCGAAGAACUGAUGAGUCCCUUCUUCAAGAGAGUGCUGCAGGGGGAUGGCAAGACGGUGCAACCGCUGUAUGUGUUUGGGUGCUGGGCCAAAAAGUGUUUGUUGCCAAUAUUGGAGAUGCAAAAGCAGUUGUAGCACGGUCAUCUACUGCAGAUUGUUCACAGAACAAUUCAGAUGCAGCAAGUUCACUGAAGGCUAUUGUUUUGACAAGGGAACACAAAGCCAUCUAUCCACAAGAACGUGCACGCAUUCAGAAGGCUGGUGGUUCUGUGAAUCAUGGACGACUGCAGGGGCGCCUUGAAGUUUCCCGGGCCUUCGGAGAUCGGCAAUUUAAAAAGUUUACAUUGCACGGGCUAAAAAAAGUAAGCGAACUGCAGGUAGGUGUUGUUGCAAUCCCGGAUAUUCAUUCUUUUGAUCUUACGGAACGCGAUCACUUUAUUAUUCUUGGCUGUGAUGGCCUGUGGGGGGUUUUUGGGCCAAGCGAUGCUGUUGAAUUUGUUCACAAGCUGCUAAAGGAGGGUUUGCCUGUUCCAGCUGUGAGCCGCCGUCUUGUCAGGGAAGCUGUCCGCGAGCGCCGGUGCACAGACAACUGUACUGCAAUUGUUAUUGCGUUCAAGCACUAGUUAUUAGAAUAAACUUCAAUUUUAAACUGCAACUGUGUUUCUCGGUUUUGCACUUUUCAGCUGCCUCAGUCUCAUGAUAGAUCUUGAGCCCAAACCCCAAGCCCCAACUGCUACAAGGAUUGUGGUGUCGUAUCAAACGAUAUUAUGACAUUUCCAGCAGUUUAUUGUAUUCCAAACAUGGCGGUUGUGACCUGUUAUA